AUGGAGCCGACCAUCGGGCCGCAACAGGCCCCAAAGACGUUUGUGCUCUGCUUCGAUGGCACUGGUAAUAAGUUCUCUGGAGAUGAAUCGGACAGCAAUGUCUUGAAGAUCUUUCGAAUGCUCGAUCGCAGUCGUGGUACCCAAUUCCACUACUAUCAACCAGGAAUUGGCACAUAUGUGACCUCAACUUCCCUCUCGAGUACUGGAACCGUCCAUCGCAUUCGCUCUGCUUAUCUGAAAGCCAAAGAUUCUGCUAUAGGAUCCUCAUUCGACCAGCAUGUCAUGGGCGGAUACAAGUUUCUCAUGCGGUAUUACGUUCCCGGCGACGAUAUCUACUUUUUCGGCUUCAGCCGUGGCUCAUACAUCGCGCGCUUCCUGGCCGAAAUGCUCGAUUAUAUCGGACUCUUAGAGGCUGGAAAUGAGGAGUUGAUCCGCUUCGCAUGGAAGACAUUUGCCAAGUGGCAACAGCGACGCGGCCAAACCGACCAGGACCAAGCAGAGAAGAAAAAACUCUUCAAUUAUAUGAAAGCUUUUCGUGAAACGUUCAGCCGUCCAAUCAGUCGCAUCCGAUUCAUGGGGCUUUUCGACACGGUCAAUAGUGUCCCACGAUUCGAAUCUGCCUGGAUGCAACGAAGUAAAUUCCCAUAUACAGCCCGCAGUUCUGCUCUUGUGAUUCGCCAUGCAGUCGGUAUCGAUGAGAGACGGGCUAAAUUUCGUCAAGAUCUGAUUUCAGAGACAAGGCCAUGGCAUGCGAGCCACACGCAUCAUGACAACUACCUGCGCGAUCAUAUGCACCACCUUCACCUUAAUCGCGAAAAGCCUGAUGAGGUUCCCAAAAUCACUCUAAACAAUGAUGGCACCGAUGUUGACCUGGAGAAAGCAGCACAGGAAGAGGAAAAGCCUGCUGCUCGCCGGGGUCGGGAGGAGAGUGAGUCCGUCUACCGGACACCGCGUGGCUCCAGCGCUGGCAGUGCACAAAAUAUAGAUAGAUACCGUGCACCAUCUCCCUUUUCAAAUCGAAAAUUGAGUCAUCCGAACUUGGACGUCCCAGAGAUCAACCUAUCUGUCGAUGACAGUGCGUCGACACACAGCGACGUUACCUCUCUACAGGUUCCACUUAAGCUCGGGGAGGACGACGAAAAGGAGCAGGAUAUUCGGGAGGUUUGGUUUCCAGGUGGACACGCUGAUAUUGGGGGUGGAUGGAGUCUCGACAAAGAUGAAUCGUGGGCUCUCAGCCAUGCGCCAUUGGUUUGGAUGGUUCAAGAGGCACAGAAAGCUGGUCUAAAUUUUGACCCCAGAAAAACGAAACAAUUUGAAUGCUGUGAAGAGUAUGUUGAAAACUGCUCUCCCAUUCAUGUUUACGACCAAGAGCCGGAUUGGUGUCAGGAUGAGAGUCAUGGCUCCAGUGUAAAUGGCAAUGGGAUAUCAACAAUCAAAUUUCCCGAGAGCAAGAACGAGCGCAAUACGAGCCGCGCGCUUCAUCGGUUCCUUGAUGCACUUGAGCACUCUAGCACAAAAGGCGUUCUACAUGAUUGUUUGGAAUACGGCGCGGGACUUCCGUGGGGUUCUGUUCUCUCAUGGCGCAUCAUGGAGUAUCUCCCGUUUCGACGGAUGGACUUGCAGCCGGACGGAUCGUGGAAACCCAUUCGCUGGCCGCUGCCUUGUGGUGAAGUUCGCGAUAUUCCCGACGAUGCGGAAAUCCAUGUGUCAGCCAUUCGUCGUCUAAAAGCUGACACCAACUACCGUCCUGGAAAUCUGAUCAUCGGGGGCGGUGGACGCGGUCGACGGAAAGCUCCUGCCGAAUAUGGUAUCGGUGAAUGGGUGGUUUACAGGGACGAAGACGACCCUGUUCGAGAGACGUACAUACGGAAGAAAGCAGGCAAAAAAGCGGAAGAGAACGGGAAUCCAUAG